AUGCCGGUCUAUAACGAGAUGGCGACGAUCCGUGAGAUCAUCGCCCGCGUCCGCGAUCAAGCGCGGCACGACGAGGUCCUGAUCGUUGACGAUUGCAGCACCGAUGGCACGCGCGAUGUGCUGAUUGAGUUGGACCGCGAGUGCGACGACGUGCGUGUCGUCCUGCACGGUUACAACAAGGGCAAGGGCGCGGCGCUGCGGACGGCGCUGUCGCAUGCGCGAGGCGAUAUCGUCCUGGUUCAAGACGCCGAUCUUGAGUACGACCCCGCCGACUACGCCAAGCUGAUCGAGCCUAUCCAACGGGGCGAGGCCGACGUGGUCUAUGGCUCGCGGUUCCUCGUGAACGCCGAGCAGGACCCGUCGCGGAUGCACCGGUUUGGCAACUGGAUGCUCACCGCCGCGUCAAACCUGACGACGGGGCUCCACCUGACGGACAUGGAGACCUGUUACAAGGCGAUGCGCCGAGACGCGCUGCGCGGCGUUCUCAUCCGCGAGAACCGCUUCGGCUUCGAACCCGAGAUCACCGCGAAGCUCGCCCGCCGCGGCUGCCGAUUCAAAGAGGUCCCGAUCGCCUACAACAGCCGCGGGUGGGAAGAGGGGAAGAAGAUCGGCCCGCGCGACGCCUUCCGGGCGCUGUGGUGCAUUGGACGCUACGCGUUUUGGGAUUGA